CCAGACAUGACAGGAGAUUUAUGAGCUGGGCCACAUCACAGGCAAACAAACAUCCCUAGUCACGACACACGCCGCCUCUCAGCAACCAGGAAGGAGAGGCUGUGGGCCCUGGAACAACAAGGCCAGGAGGGGUAUAAAAGCCGGAGAGCCCCACAAAGCUCACACACUCACACACUCACUCACUCCCACACUCACUCCCUCACACCUCCCCCAGCUCACCUCCCCAACCCCAGCAUGGCCGCAUCUACCAUGUCCGUCUGCUCCAGCACUUACUCUGACACCUGGCAGGUGGACGACUGCCCAGAGAGCUCCUGUGAGCCCCCCUGCUGUGCCCCCAGCUGCUGUGCCCCGGCCCCAUGCCUGACCUUGGUCUGCACCCCAGUGAGCUGUGUGUCCAGCCCCUGCUGCCAGGCGGCCUGUGAGCCCAGCCCCUGCCAAUCAGGCUGCACCAGCUCCUGCACACCCUCAUGCUGCCAGCAGUCUAGCUGCCAGCCGGCUUGCUGCACCUCCUCCCUGUGCCAGCAGGCAUGCUGUGUGCCCGUCUGCUGCAAGCCUGUGUGCUGCAAGCCUGCCUGCUGUGUGCCUGUCUGCUGCAAGCCCGUCUGCUGUGUGCCUGUCUGCUCUGGGGCUUCCUCUCCAUGCUGCCAGCAGUCUAGCUGCCAGCCGGCUUGCUGCACUACCUCCUGCUGCAGACCCUCCUCCUCUGUGUCCCUCCUCUGCCGCCCCAUUUGCAGGUCCACCUGCUGCAUGCCCGUCUCCUCCUGCUGUACCCCCGCCUCCUCCUGCCAGCCCAGCUGCUGCCGCCCGGCCUCCUGCGUGUCCCUCUUCUGCCGCCCCACGUGCUCCCGCCCAGCCUGCUGA